GUAGCCGGAGCGGAGCAGCCUCGGCGGCGGCGGCGGCGCUGGUGGGGUGGGGCGGCCUCGCCCGCGGUUUCCCCUGCGGCGCAGGCAAAGUGUAAAGUUGGAAAAAUGGAGUCCAUGCUUAAUAAAUUGAAGAGCACUGUUACAAAGGUAACAGCUGAUGUCACCAGUGCAGUUAUGGGAAAUCCUGUUACCAGGGAAUUUGAUGUUGGCCGACAUAUUGCCAGUGGAGGUAAUGGGCUUGCUUGGAAGAUCUUUGAUGGAACUAAAAAGUCAACAAAACAGGAAGUUGCUGUAUUUGUCUUUGAUAAAAAGUUAAUAGACAAGUAUCAGAAAUUUGAAAAGGAUCAGAUUAUUGAUUCUUUAAAACGAGGAGUCCAACAGUUAACAAGGCUUCGACACCCUCGACUACUUACUGUCCAACAUCCAUUAGAAGAAUCCAGAGAUUGCCUGGCAUUUUGUACAGAACCAGUCUUUGCAAGUUUAGCUAAUGUUCUUGGCUGCUGGGACAACCUACCUUCUCCUUUACCACCUGACAUUAAGGAAUAUAAACUUUAUGAUGUGGAAAUGAAAUAUGGCUUGCUUCAGGUUUCUGAAGGUUUGUCCUUUCUGCACAGCAGUGUGAAAAUGGUGCAUGGAAAUAUCACUUCUGAAAAUAUAAUUUUGAAUAAAAGUGGAGCAUGGAAAAUCAUGGGAUUUGAUUUUUGUAUUCAGUCAACAAAUCCUUCUGAACAAGAGCUAAAGUUCCCUUGCAAAGAAUGGGAUCCAAACUUGCCAUCCUUGUGUCUUCCAAAUCCUGAGUAUUUGGCACCUGAAUACAUUCUUUCAGUGAGCUGCGAGACAGCCAGUGACAUGUACUCCUUAGGCGCUGUCAUGUAUUCAGUUUUUAAUAAAGGGAAACCGAUUUUUGAGGUCAACAAGCAAGAUAUUUAUAAAAGUUUCAGUAGACAGCUGGAUCAGCUAAGUCGUUUAAGCUCCAGCGCUCUUCAGAAUAUACCGGAGGAAGUUCGUGAACACAUAAAGCUACUGUUAAAUGUAGCUCCUACAGUCAGACCAGAUGCAGAUCAAAUGACUAAGAUACCCUUCUUUGAUGAUGUUGGUGCAAUGACACUACAAUAUUUUGAUUCUUUAUUCCAAAGGGAUAAUCUUCAGAAAUCACAGUUUUUUAAAGGGCUGCCAAAGGUUCUGCCAAAACUCCCUAAGCGUGUUAUAAUCCAGAGAAUUUUGCCUUCUUUGACCUCAGAGUUUGUGAAUCCUGAUAUGGUACCCUUUGUUCUGCCUAAUGUUCUUCUGAUUGCUGAGGAGUGCACCAAAGAAGAGUACAUCAAGCUCAUUCUGCCUGAUCUUGCUCCUGUUUUUAAACAGCAAGAACCAAUCCAGAUUUUAUUGAUUUUCCUGCAAAAAAUGGACUUGCUACUAACCAAAACUCCACCAGAUGAAAUAAAGAACAGUGUUCUACCAAUGGUUUAUAGAGCCUUAGAAGCACCUUCAAUUCAGAUUCAGGAGCUUUGCUUAAACAUAAUUCCCACAUUUGCUAACCUAAUAGACUAUCCAUCAAUGAAAAAUGCAUUAAUACCAAGAAUUAAAAAUGCAUGCUUACAAACUUCUUCUCUUGCCGUUCGUGUAAACUCACUAGUGUGCUUAGGAAAGAUUUUGGAGUACUUGGAUAAGUGGUUUGUACUUGAUGACAUUCUGCCUUUCCUACAACAAAUUCCAUCCAAGGAACCUGCAGUACUAAUGGGAAUUUUAGGUAUUUACAAAUGCACGUUUACCCACAAGAAGUUGGGAAUUACCAAAGAACAACUUGCAGGAAAAGUAUUACCCCAUCUGAUUCCUCUGAGUAUUGAGAACAAUCUAAAUCUCAAUCAGUUCAAUUCUUUCAUUUGUGUCAUAAAAGAUAUGCUUAAUAGACUGGAAGCUGAGCAUAAGACCAAACUUGAACAACUUCAUGUAAUGCAAGAACAGCAGAAAACUUUGGAUAUAACUAACCAAAUGAAUGUGUCUGAAGAGGCAAAAUCUAGCAGUACUGGUAAUCAGAUUGACAAAGUGUUUAACAGUAUAGGUACUGACUUGCUAACUAGCGGAUCUGAUAUCAAAGAAAAUGAACUGUCAUCAAAACAGAGAAAGACAUCACUUACACUUGAAGAGAAGCAAAAGUUAGCAAAAGAACAAGAACAGGCACAAAAAUUGAAAAACCAGCAGCCACUUAAGCCUCAAACACAUACAAUCACACCUCCAGUAAAACAGGCAAAGGACUUAACAGAAACUUUGAUAGAUAAUAUGUCAUCUUUGACCAGUCAUUCUAUUAGUAAACCUAAAGUUGCUUCUUCAGGCAGCUUCUCUUCUGUCCCGUCUAUGGGUAUUGGAAUGGGAUUUUCAUCACCUGUUGACAGCACAAAAAGAAACAUAACAAAUGGCCUGAAUACUACCAUAGGUCUUCAGACUUCUGGAUUCAGCAUGGGGGCUGGUACCACAAGCCAGAAUUUCUUCAGCAGUCCAAGUGGAACUGGAACAGCCAAGGUUAACAUAGUACCAGCCCCCAGUAUGCCAAACUAUAGCCCUGUGAGUGCAACAUCUGCAGUCUCACAGCUGACCCAACAAAACAGACCUGCAGAUAUGUCUUCUCUAGAUAAUCUUUUUGGUCCUCAAAAACCCAAAGUCAGUAUGAACCAGCUGGCACAGCAGAAAUCAACCCCGUGGGUUAAUCAAUUUGUACCCCCUCAGGGGUCCCCAGGCACAACCAGUUCAGUGUUGGGACCACAGAUGAACAUAGUAGGACAACCUGGUUUUGGUAUGCAGGGUAAUCCUUUCUUUAAUCCUCAGAACUUUGCACAGCCAACAAACACUAUGACGAGCAGCAGCUCAGCUAGCAAUGACUUAAAAGAUCUUUUUGGGUAAAAGGUUUUGCUUUCUUUUUCAAUGAUUGCUACAGUUUGAAUCAUGGGUAAGCUGAUUAACAUCUUAUGAUUUGGUAAAAAUUUAACUAAGAAAAUUUCCCAUCUCGCAAAAUAAAGUUUUUUGCACAGGAAAAAAGACUGUUUACCUGCUGACUGGAUAAUAUUGUAGAAUUGCUUAAGUGUAAAGUCACCUGAUGCAAUAGUCUGGUCUAUUUUCCCAAUCUCAGAGCUUUGAUGUCAGGAUACAUUUAACCUUCAUAUGUCUAUUCAUAAAAAAGCUAAAUUUUCAGAAAUUUGUAUGUGUGGUUUUUUUACUCCAUAAGUUAAAAAGCCACAUCUUUGAAAAAACAUUGAAAAAACUUGUGUGUUGUGUAAAACUAAACAGAAUGGAUUUGUUCUGUUACCACUUAACCAUAUAUUUAUUGAAUAUGUCAUGACCCUUAAUUUAUACCGACAACACAGCAUGGGAAAAGUUUGAUUCUUAUGCAGUCUCAGAUUGUCAGUUGCAGUAGUUAUGUUUAUACGGAUAUGUCUCUAAUCAUGCGCAGGAGGCUGAGGAUUUGAAAUUAUUUGAUUUUUCACUUGCAUUAGUCAGGGCAUGUCUACACAUGCAUUACUACACUGUAGUUACUGCGCAUUAAGUUCAGUUCCUGUAAUGGGUACUAACUCAAUGCUCAGUAACCAGUGUUACUGCGCAGUAGCACCAGCAUAUGCCUUUUUAGUGACGCUGCUGCACGGUAGACUAAUUCUGCUGCACAUUAGCACAUGUUUUGCCAUGACGCGUUAAUGCACAGUAGAAUCAGUCUAUUGUGCAUUUAGCAUCUCAUGUAGAUGCCCUCAAUGUAUUCUAACAUGAGUGAAGUGGCAACAGUAAAUAUUCUAAUAGCAAUGACUGGUGCAUUGCUCCAGUAGUCAUACAGACUUGCACUUUGCUUUGUAGUAUUUGAUCCCAGUUUUCAGGCCCAGAGCAAGAGCCACAUACUGCUUAAAAUCCUAUUUAAAACAUGGCACGUAACUUAGUGAUAUAAAUCGGAAGCAAAAUAUUUCUUGUUUUCAGUGGCAAAACUGGUAGUUUUUCACUGGUGCAAACUAAGAAUCAGAGCUGUUACUAAGCACCAUAGAAAAAAAUAGUUCCUAAAUUUAAGUGUUAUCUGCCUCAGUUUUGAUACAGUUGGCUUGUUUAUAUGGAAAUAUUUUGAAUCAAUUAGCAUUUUCUGGCUGUGGGGAAGGACUGACUGCAUUUAAUGUGGCAUAUGACUGUAUGAAAAAGCAGUAAGCCAUGAUUUCCUUAACUUGAAUAAACUGUUAGCUUCCAAUUUAAUUUUCACUCAAGCUCUCUUAUGAAGGAUAAAUACCUAUGAUUUGAAUUCUCAAGUGAAAAUCUGUGAGCACUAGAACAUAUUUGAUGAGUACAUAGCUGUUUUAAACCCUUAUUCUGUAUUGCUACAAAUUUAAUAAAGUUCUACAGAAAAUCAAGCAGUAGUUUUUUCUGCUUCCCAAGAGGUAGAUGUUCAGCUUCCCCAUGAUGGAAUCUCUGCUCUGUCAGUUACCACUGUUGGGUUCUAACUUUCUUUCCUAGGAAUUUCAGGAACUUUCUUAUGUAAUAUUUUGAACACUAUAGCUGGAUAUUUUGAGAAGGAAAGAAUUAGUUAACUUUUGUUUUUUGUUUCUUUUGGGUUUUUUUUAAGCCUACAUUAUUUUUCAAAGCCUUUCACUGAAGAAAUUCUUUCAUUUGCUGCUUAAGAAACCAAAGGGCCUUAUGCUGUAAAUGUGACUUGUAUUUGUUAAAUUAUACUUUCACAGUUUUAAAUGAUGAUAACUUCAAACGCAUCUCUUGAUGAAAUCUUGAUGUAUUAUAGCUGCUACCUUAGUCCUUUUAUUUUUUAAAAUACCUGGGACCAGUGAAAUUGUGGUAAUAAACACAUUGUGAUGCUUAUGUGCUGUAGAUCCAUGGUCGAUAUUGUAGGUUACAUUGAAAUAGUUGCAUAAUUUGUAUAAUGUUAGGAAUACUAAAUAUUUAAAUUUCAUAUGUGGUUAAUGGCAUUCUAUACUCUGAGUGAUCUUAAUACCUUUAUUUUUAAAAUAAAUCAAUGUGAUCUGAUUUCUGAGAGCUAUGUUUUGUUAGGGCAAUUGAAGACAAGACUUUGAAGAAUUACUUGUCCAUUCUCAAAUUAUAUCAAAAAUAACCUUAUGAUGAAAAUGACACUUGUUAGUAGCAGAAUUAUGUUUCCAAAAUAGAGGUGGGCUCAAACUACAAAAUUCUGACUUGGAGUUCAGUGGUUCCCUUUUUACCUCCUCCCAUAGAUGGAAUGUGGGAAAAUUUAGAUACAGUUUUGGACUCCAGCUCUCCUGAACUUCGGCUGUUUGAGAUUUGUGGUUUUGGUUUGAGCCAGUCUCUAGUUCAGAGCAUAGGAUAUUAUAUGGAAAUCCUUUUUUAUGCCUUUUUAUAAAGUUUAAUUUAAGAGGUAAGAUUUAUAUACAGAGGUAAUAUACUGAAUAAAGGCCUCUGCCUAGCUUGAAUAAUACAAAAUACUUUGUAUGCAGCGCUUGAUUGCAUAAUAUCUGUUUCUCUGUCAGUCUUUUUCUUGCAACUAUAUGGUAUCAAUUUUUAUCAGAAGGGAUCAGGGAAAAAAUACUAACCAACAGAAGUAAAGAAUGUUCAUAGAAAUACAAAUCAAAUAUUUCCAGUAAAUUUCAAAUACUAUUUUUUUAUUUGGGCUACACUAUCACCAAGGACCAUGUUGUGGGACAGAAAAGUCCAUUAGUUGACACCUUUUUAUUUUUUUAAGGCAUCUGCUUAAUUCAGAGGAGAGGGGAGGGAAAGGUUAUUUUUUCCCCAAAGUGCUUGUUUCUUCUGGCCCCUUUGCCUACAGCACUUCUUUAAGAAGCCUACUCCAUGAUGUUUCCCCAGUUGCUGCUGCUUACCCAGAUGCUCCUGAGGGUUGAAGGUAUGUAUAUUCAUAUGGCAAGUGGGUUUAGUUAGGACUGCUGGAUCAGGAAAAAUGUAUGCCUGGAACUCCAAUGAAUGUUAGGAGAAAGGGUGAAGGAGAAAUAAGAGCGUUAUAGAAGAUAACGCCCACCGGCCCCAGUCUGUCAUUUCCUGCAGAAGGAUGUCUAUGAGUUAAGAAAGAAGCUGGUAAGAUAUUUCACCAUCUAUAUAUGCCCCCCUUCCCCCCCACACACUUUAUUUUUAUCCACUUUUAAAAUAUUAUUUCUAAGUAUAGCAGAAAAAGGGAUCAGUCCUAAAAACAUAGAAUUAAGACUGUGGGUUUGAAAUUUGUGAUAUUGCCUCUUAAAAAUUUAGAGAAUGUUGGUAACUACCAAAAUAUAGUAAUUCAUUGGAAAAUAAAUUGUACUGCAUUGCCAUGAAUGCAUUUUAUAGCAUCUGCCUUUCACACUUCAGUUAACUUAAAUAGAUGGAAAGGUUGUACACUAUCAGUAAGUUCACGUUUGUUUAAUUUCCCAACAUCUUAAUCCUGUGCUUACCACUGUGUUUGGAAACUCCCAUUGACUUCAGUGGGCUUUUGCACUUCAAGAUACUCAAUGCAGGUGUGGGGUCAAGCUCUCAGUUAACUCUCAGUUAAGAUGCUUUCACAUUUUCAGUUUUAACAGAGAAAAAAGAGGAGGAAGUAUGUUCCCCCUUUUUUUUUUUUUUUUUUUUUUUUUUUUUUGGACUUGCUUCAUUGCAGUGCAUUUACUAUAAAAUGAGAAAUGUAAAUACUUGACAGAAAGCAGCCUCAUCUCUCUUUGGGUACAAAGAAUUAGUUCUGCUGUUCUGACAUCUACAUGUCUAGUGAUCAUAAACCUAACUCCUAGCCUUUCCCAUAUUGGAAUUUUUGGUUCAGGUUCUAAAGUAUCAGAGUUGCUGAAGCACCCUUGGAAACACACAAGACAAAAUGAGCCUUUAAAAAAACCUACUGUAUUUAAUAGGGCUUGAAACUCCUGCUCACCCAAACUGCUAUGUAUUUUUGCCUGGGAUGGGAUUAAGUGCCUUAGUGGAGCAAUGGAACUGCUGACUUUUUUGGCAGGGUUUCUGGGCAGCCCCUGUGCUAACUUCAUUCCCACUAGGAAAGAGAUGGUGGGGCAAAAUGGCCCUAAGGGCCAUUCCUUUCUGUCCUCAUUGGUGGCAGAGAACAAGGUUAUUGCAUUGCUUUUCCAAACAAUGAAGGUUGGGGAUAAGGAGCAGAGCAGUCUAUGGGGAAGACCAAAGACCUUCUCCAUAUGUAGAAGGGCAGCAGCACAAGAAGACACCUGAAAAAAGGUAAACGGUGUCCAACUGUCCAUUAUUACUUGGAAAGUGGACAUGGUUUCAUAAUUGAUUUUAUUAGGAAACAUGAUUGUAAGGAAGUGAAGAUAUGGCUAGGUGAAUGAAACGGGCACAUUUUGAGGCACUGUGGCCUUGCAGAUACAUGUCAACAUACACACUUUACCCUAUGACUGGACAGCUUACUCCCUGGGCAUGUUAAAUAUUUAUAGUUCUGGACUGCAAUGUUUUUCUUUCUCCAAGUCUUGUCUUCCUAUCUGUGCAGAUUCCUGCUGUUAACAUGUUACUAUAUUAAAGCUUUUGCAAGCACCACAUUGGCCUUUUAAUAAAGUAACAAAAAUAUGGUAAGGGAGAGAGGUAUUUGCUAAUUUUUGUAUUGUGCUUUGUACAUACAUGUAUGUUUAGAUGCCAUUUGUUUCAUUUACAUUUCACAGUGAAAAGAAAAAUGAGAGGUUUGAUUGUGUCAAAUCCCAUAGGUCUUCCUUAUGGAUAAAAGGAUAUGCUCUCUAAAUUAUGUUUUGUGCUUAGUGUACCUAAAUCUGCCUGAUAUACAGCAGAAGGGGAAGAGACUUUUUUUCUUAAAUAAGUUUAGGAACACUGGAUCUCUGUCAUGCUAAAUGUGAAACUUCUGAGACUUGAGAAGGGAUCUUUUUUGUGUGUGUGUUGAAACUUGUUUGUGCAGUUGAAAGUUAUAGAAACAUCCCAUAAGAAGAUGGGAUCUUAUCCCAGAAAAAAAAAAGAAUAUUUAACUAUAUAUGCAUAACACUGUCCAUUUCUGUUUCUUCUCUGUAAUGUUAUAUGCUUCAUUUUAUAUGUUGACAAGUGGGAACUUUUGUUCUGAAAUAUUUUUAGAGAAUUUACCCAAAAGCUCAGAUUCAUUAUCUGUUUUUUCAGUGAGUUUGUCCUUUUGUACUUCCAUUUCCUUUAGGAUUUGAGUCAUGUUUCAGGAAGUCACACAAGGCAUUAUAGAUUAAACCUAGGCUUUGUGCCCUACAUCCUUUUGACUUGCUCCCAAAACCUAGUAAAUGGGCCCCAAAUUCUGAAUUUAUUAUAUUUAUUCUCAUAAGUGCUAAAUUUCAGACAGUUUUAACUACUGUACAGAUCUCCAGGGGUGAAGUUGUCAGUCAAAACUGCUUUAACAUGUUAUAGUGAACUCAGGCUUUGUGCAGAAUAAAUAUUUAUAUUUACUUGUCUAAUUGUACAGUCUUUGUAAGUAGUGGUGGUUUUAUGUUUAAAUUGUAAAGCAUUACAAUUUUCAUGAUGUGUGUAAAGUGAUGUUACUGUAGUGUCAGUUGUGAUCCAUAGCAUGGUAUUAUCAUAUUUUGGUUUAUUAGGACAGCUCUUCAAAAACAAAUUUAUUCUUGUAUCAACUUUUAGAUCAGUAAUCUUAAAUACGUAAAAUGUACAGUGACAAUUACAAGAAAUUCAUAUCACUUUGUACCGUGAAUGAAAAUGGUGUAGUUUUGAAAUCUGAAUGAGAUUACGUAUUGAAAUAAAUGAACUUUUCUUAUUUUUA